ACUUAGUUCGGCAGAAUUUGACACCAAUUGAUCAUGGAGAUAGUAAAAAAUUUGACUCUUAUUUUACUACUCUCUGUGGCCUCAUUUGGCUUAUGCACUAGCAACCCAGAGGCUACUAAUUCUACAAUACCCCAAGCCAAUGCAACUUCCUUGAUUAAUAAUAUAAACCCUGCAAAUCGUAUUGCUUCCAAGAGUUCCAACUAUACUGAAGUUACCUUCAAGGACAAGAAAAGACCAAACGGAGGCGGCGGUGGUGGUGGAGGCGGUGGUGGAUUUGUAUGGGGGUGGGGUGGAGGGGGUGGUGGCGGCGGCGGUGGAGGUGGCGGUGGUGGUGGAGGAGGAGGGGGAGGAUGGGGUUGGGGAGGCGGUGGUGCAGGGUGGUGGAAGUGGGGCCCAUGCGGUAGAGGGCGAAGAGGAGGAGGACCGAGAAAUCGGGGAUAUGGCAGGGGAAACUUCAAGUUGGGAGAAUUUGGACAAUGCAUGGGGGAAGGAAGGUGUAAAGGAAUGAAGCUAGAUUGCCCACUUCACUGUGGUGGAUUUUGCUUCUACGACUGCCUAAAUAUGUGCAAAGCUCAUUGUCGACGCUAAAUGUUUGGUCUACUCCUUAGUUUCUAAGAUUUUAGUCUAGCGUUACUCUUCUUUGCUGGGUAAAUGUAGUUGAUUUUUGGUUUCUCAAGAGCUACGCUCACAUUUUCUAGUUAA